UCUCCUUGUGCCUCUCCCGUCAAUACCACUAUGUUGCUGAUCCUAUGACUUGGACCGAAGCUCAAACCUACUGCAGAGAGAAAUACACAGACCUGGCCACUAUCGAAAACACAGAAGAAACAGACCAACUUCACGGCACAGUUUCACCUCUUCAUAACUCUUACACCUGGAUCGGCCUGUACAGUAAAAUCGAAUGGAAAUGGUCAGACGGCUACAACGGCAGUGGGGCUGAUUACAGGAACUGGAAUAAUAUUGACAACGACGACCCUGAAUUUUAUUCAGGUCUACAGUUUUGUGUGGAGAUGGAAGGACGUGGAAGAUGGUAUGAUAAUACAUGCCCUAAGAAAUUUACAUUCAUCUGCUACAGAGGAACACAACAGGAUCCUGAAUUUGUUUUUGUCAAUGAAAAAAUGGAUUGGUCCAGUGCACAGAGGUACUGCAGGGAGAACUACAUAGACCUGGCCAUUGCAAGGAAUGACUCUGAGAACCAGGAGAUCCAUCAAGUCCAUCCAAAUCAAAACGAGGUAUGGAUUGGUUUGUACAGAGAUCCAAACAUUUACUGGUCUGAUGGGAGUAGCUCCUCUUUCCAGUUCUGGGCCGACUGUCCAAAUCCUUUGGGCUCCUUGAGUGUGGUAUGUGGCGUUGCAAACUUGGCAAGUUCAGGGAGAUGGAGAGUACUGCCCUGUGACCGUAAAUUCCCAUUUGUGUGCUACAGCAGAACCCCGACUGAAAUGAGGCAGGUAAUAAAGCUGAGGAUGAAGCUUGAGGACUCCUCUGUGGAUCUGAAUGACCCUGCUGUGACAGCUAACAUACUGAAAGAGCUCCAGAGAAGAUUACAGGACAGUGGAGUAAGUGGAGUCACCAUCAAGUGGAGAGAGCAGCCGGAUGGGAAGGUGUUCCACAAGGAGCAAAAAGCAGUCUUGGAGGAAAAACAGAGAAAUCCAUGUUGA